UGUGUAAGGACCCAAGGAACCAGUCCUCCGUCUGGCCACAGGGACACUGGGUUGUGGCAUUUCUCCAGCUGCUCCCCAGGGGGAGGGAAGACCUCCCUGGAGCCAACAGGCCCAGCCUCUGACCCUGGAAACACCCAGCCCAGGCCUGCCUGAGAGCCAACAAGUCAGGGGGCAGCAAAUUUUUAACCAGACACAUAGAUCAUUAACUGGGGUAGGAAGGAGUCCAAAUUCAGCAUCCCUCGGGGGCAGAGACCAGCUGGGCUUUGAGCCUCCCGUGGAGAUGCUGGGCCCCCGAGUCUGGUCCUCUGUGAGGCAGGGGCUGAGCAGGGCCUUGUCCAGCACCGUGGGGGGCUGGGCCUCAGGGGAGGGGAGGAAGGUGGACAUCUCAGGCAUCUACCCCCCUGUGACCACCCCCUUCACUGCCACGGCCGAGGUGGACUAUGGGAAACUGGAGGAGAAUCUGCACAAACUGGGCACCUUUCCCUUCCGAGGCUUCGUGGUCCAGGGCUCCAACGGCGAGUUCCCCUUCCUGACCAGCAGUGAGCGCCUGGAGGUGGUGAGCCGCGUGCGCCAGGCCCUGCCCAGGGACAAGCUCCUGCUAGCCGGCUCCGGCUGCGAGUCCACUCAGGCCACGGUGGAGAUGACGGUGAGCAUGGCCCAGGUCGGGGCUGACGCCGCCAUGGUGGUGACUCCUUGCUACUAUCACGGCCGCAUGAACAGCGCCGCCCUCAUUCACCACUACACCAAGGUUGCCGACCUGUCUCCAAUUCCUGUGGUGCUCUACAGUGUCCCAGCCAACACGGGGCUGGACCUGCCUGUGGAUGCGGUGGUCACGCUUUCCCAGCACCCGAAUAUCGUGGGCAUCAAGGACAGCGGUGGUGAUGUGACCAGGAUCGGGCUGAUUGUUCACAAGACCAGGAGGCAGGAUUUCCAGGUGUUGGCUGGAUCGGCUGGCUUCCUGCUGGCCAGCUAUGCCGUGGGAGCUGUAGGGGGCGUGUGUGCCCUGGCCAAUGUCCUGGGGGCUCAGGUGUGCCAGCUGGAGCGACUCUGCCUCACAGGGCAAUGGGAAGAUGCCCAGAAGCUGCAGCACCGCCUCAUUGAGCCAAACACUGCGGUGACCCGGCGCUUCGGGAUCCCGGGGCUGAAGAAAACCAUGGACUGGUUUGGCUACUACGGAGGCCCCUGCCGCUCCCCCUUGCAGGAGCUGAGCGCCGCCCAGGAGGAGGCGCUGCGCCUGGAUUUCACCAUCAACGGCUGGCUCUGAGCGUGAGGACGGGACGGCCGGACCGCGCACAUCCCAGCCUCUUGCCUUGCGGUAGCAGCCUGAAGAGGAACGCGGGGGGACGAGGGUUCAAGGCCCCUCUUCUUAUUUCAGUCAUCCAGGUAGCCUCUCUCCAGGCGCU